CUUAUGAUCGCUUCAUGCUUGAGUAGAUCUUGAAAGUCGUACGCCGGUCCGAGAUACAGGUUGGACUGCAUGGUGCUGGUAGUAUCAAGCUAAAUGUAUCCGGAGAAGGAAGAGUGGCGAAUCGGUUUCCCAGUGGCCAAUGGGAUAAGGGAAAGGAGUGCGGAUCUCCAAACUGUCGGUCCGAAGGUUUGCUGUUUCGCGGUUGAAGGUUGGGGAAGCAGGAAGUGCUCUGAAACCAUCACUGACACUUUGACAGCUCGUGGGAAUCAUCAUGGGGACGCCGUCAAAAUAGCGGUCGCCCAAACUGGCCGCACCGGUUGGUGAACAUGGACAUCGACGGAAUCCUCACUUCGAGAUCUCCUUAAUAAGAAGAAAGACGGCGAGCACGACUCUCACCAGCAGGAAACCGCCAAUAACCUCACGAUGGCCUCAGCAAACCCCUUCGCCUUGCCCGACGAGGGCGACAUCAAUGAUAACCCCUUCGCCGACUCAUCCGCAACACAAGCGUCCCCAUACGCAUUCAACUCCUACAGCGCCUCAACAUCGGAACCAGCGUAUGCCUCGGCAGCCUACGCACAGCCAGCCCAGGCGACGUCCGCCUCUUUUGCGGCAAAGGAAGAGGAGCUACGCCGGAGGGAGGAGGAUCUCAAUGCGCGGGAAGCUGCGUUGAAGAGGGACCAGGAAGCGAUGCGGGCAGCCGGGUUCCAACCGCCUAACUGGCCUAAGUUUUACCCGUUGUUCCACCACGAUAUCGAGGGCGAUAUUCCUGAACCGAGUAGGCGGCUUGUGAGGAAUAUCUACCGGCUGUGGUUCAGUACGAUCGGCGUACUAGUGCUGAACAUGGCGGCGUGUCUUGCUCUCUUGAUCUCGCACCCUGAUUCAUUACCAAACGUUGCGUCUGAUUUUGGCGUCAGUCUAUUCUCCAUCCCAUUCAUAGGCGCCGGAUCCCUGUACUUAUGGUACCGGCCAGUAUAUAUGGCGUUCCAGAAAAACGCGGGAAUCUACUUCUACACCUUCCUACUCUUCAACGGCAUCCACAUUCUCUACGCAUCUUAUAUGGCUAUUGGCAUCCCAGCGUCUGGAGGCGCUGGUGUCAUCAACUUGCUCGCGGCAUUGGCGAACGGAAAGCUGGUCGCGGGAAUCUUCUGCAUCGCAGCUACGGCUGGGUGGGUAUUGAACGCUCUGUACUCCGUGUGGCUAUGGAAGGAUGUCCAUGCGUCGAACCGGGCUGCGGGUCACACGCUGCAGAGCGCGCGAAAUGAGGCCGCGGUCAUUGGCGUGCAAUCUGGAGCCGCUCAGACGGCCGCAAACGCCUACAUGCGUUCAGAUACCGGACACUUUGGAGCGUAACGUUUUCAACAGGGACUCGGUGUCUGUACAAAAUCGAUUACAAACCCCCCGAGUCAGGUCUAUCGACAUGGAGGUCGGGAUGUUUUUCGG